AUUGUUGCCGAAAAUGAAAUAUUACGCUAAAAUGCAGAAAUUUGUCCCUCUUUUAACAAAUUGACAAAAAUAAAAAUAAAAAUAGUUGUUCAUCUGGGAAAUGCAGAAAAAUGGCGCAAUACAAAUACAAUUGAUCCCACUGUCAGAGGUCUCUUCUUUCUAAUUUGGUUGGCCAUGGAGGCUCGUUUUAGAGGAUCGUUUAUCUCCCCUACCUUGCUAAUCUUCUUCUUCCUGGUUGCACCUUCCCGAGUAGAAUUGUCAAAUGUAUCAUCACUUCAUGGAGAGCCGAAAGGUCUUUUCCCCUCAUAUGAUUGUCCGCAAUGCGUUAAUAGAAAGGAACAUGGUCGAAAUAGUGCUGCUCGUCCUGAUAAGAAAAAUAUUGACAUCCUUGUAACAUAUACUGAUGUUAAUGGUGCUGUUAGAACUAGGAGCAUAAACUCCAAGGACUUGUCAACUUCAUGGGUAUGGAGGUAUCCUAGUGAUGAGGAUGGUGAUCACAAGAAGAGUUCCAAGGAAGUGGAAGGGAAGUCUCAGAAACCGGAUAAGCUUGAGGGCACUAUUGAUCACUCUUAUGGAAAUGCAAAUCAGUAUGGAAUUGUUAUGGAGCAUAAAUUAGCAUCUGAGCUACAUCCAAUCAAACUCAAGCGCCAGAGGCUAAGAAACGAUAUAAGGGAACGACGGACUGCAGAGCUGAUCCAACAAGAUAAGGAAAUUGAAAACCAAAUUCAAGACGCUGCUAUUGAGCGAGCUAAAGAGCUUGACACAACUAGCAAGGGUAUAUACAAUAUAUGGAGGAAAGAAUAUGAAAACCCUAAUUCUGACUCUACCCUUAAACUUAUGCGUGACCAAAUCAUCAUGGCAAGAGCGUAUGCUACCAUUGCAAAAGUUAAGAAUGAAGAUUCUCUGUAUGAUUCUUUGAUAAAUCAUUCUAGAGAAAGCCAGCUUGCAAUUGGAGAAGCCACUGCUGAUUCUGAACUUCAACCAAGUGCACUUGACCGAGCAAAGGAUAUGGGCCAUGUUUUAGCUGCUGCAAAGGAUCAACUAUACGAUUGCAUUACACUAGCAAGGAAACUAAGAGUCAUGCUUCAGUCGGCCGAAACUGGUCUAAAUAUGCUGAAGAAAAGGAGUGCAUUCUUGAUACAGUUGGCUGCUAAAACUGUUCCCAGGCCUUUGCAUUGUCUUCCUUUGCUUCUCACGACAGACUUCUUUAUACGUCGAUAUGAAGAGAGAGAAUUUCCAAACAAGGAAAAGCUUGAAGAUCCUUCUCUGUUCCAUUAUGCAAUAUUUUCUGAUAAUGUACUUGCCACAUCUGUUGUUGUAAACUCUACUAUACUGCAUGCGAAGGAGCCUGAAAAGCACGUUUUCCAUAUAGUGACAGAUAAAUUGAACUUCCCAGCUAUGAAAAUGUGGUUCCUUGUUAAUCCUCCUGCUGCUGCAACAAUUCACGUUGAGAAUGUCGAUGACUUUACAUGGCUCAAUUCUACUUACUGCCCUGUACUACGUCAGCUUGAAUCUGCUAGAAUGAUAGAGUAUUAUUUCAAGGCACAUCAGUCAAACUCCCUUACAUCUGGCACCGACAAUCUUAAAUAUAGGAACCCAAAGUAUUUGUCAAUGCUGAAUCAUCUUAGGUUUUACCUUCCUGAAGUAUAUCCAAAGCUGGAGAAAAUCUUAUUUCUGGAUGAUGAUAUUGUAGUUCAAAAGGAUCUGACACCUCUUUGGUCUGUCAACUUACAAGGGAUGGUCAAUGGUGCCGUGGAGACAUGCAAAGAAAGCUUCCAUAGAUUUGAUAAAUAUCUUAACUUUUCUAACCCGAAGAUAUCUGAAAACUUUGAUCCAAAUGCCUGUGGAUGGGCUUUUGGCAUGAAUAUCUUUGAUUUGAAGGAGUGGAGGAGGCGCAACAUUACAGGAAUAUAUCAUUAUUGGCAAGAAAGGAAUGAGGAUAGAACACUUUGGAAACUUGGAACCUUACCUCCAGGGUUAAUAACUUUCUAUAACUUGACUCAUCCCUUGGAUCGGAGCUGGCAUGUCUUGGGUCUUGGCUAUGAUCCUGCCUUGAAUAAAACAGAAAUACAAAAUGGGGCAGUUGUUCACUACAAUGGAAAUUACAAACCAUGGUUGGAUCUUGCAAUUGCCAAGUACAAAGCUUAUUGGUCUAGAUAUGUAAUGUUCAAUAAUUCAUACCUUCAACUUUGUAACAUCAAGGAGUAGUAGAAUCACGUUUUUGCAAAUUAGUUUUGCUUAUAAUCAGUUUCUCUUA